AUGAUGGGAAAGCGGGAUGUUCAAAUUUAUUUCCGCUUUAACUGGUGUUUGUUAGCCAUGGAGGGGCGAGUCCGCAGUGCUGUGAACACCCCGGCUAACAUGCCCAUAACCCAGAGGAAGAGUUAUGGACGCAGCUGUAUGGAGAACCCGUCUCUGUUCUGGCAGACACCAGGACACGUAACAGCUCUCGGCCACAGGAUCCCAACCAGAAGAGAAGCUGCCAGGUCCUGCAAUAUUAUAAGUAAAGUGGACCCAGAGCAACUAUCCCUUCUGGUGAAACAUGAGUGGAAGCUGGCGUAUGUCACCCCGCUGUACCGCUUCCGAUACACACAGCUGAAAUUGUACUCCAAACACCUCACAGCAUUCAUCAUAGCCGAGAAGCAGCAGGGGGUCGCCGUCGAGGUGGGACUGGAGGCAGGCUUCAGGGUCACCAUCUCCACCGUCGCUGGAAUAGCAGAAACCGAGGAAGAUGCAGAGACCAUUUUUAUUCAGAUACACUCAAAACCGGCGUUUGGGGCAGACGCUCUGAAAUCUGUGUGGCGCGGCUGGUUGACCUGCGUGAACGGCGAUUGCGAGUACCUGAAGUCGCUUCCCCCCGACUUCGUCAGCCUCCCUCUAUUCUGCAGCAGCGGCUCAGACUCUCUCACGUCUCUGGUCAAGUCCUGGUUUGAACGCACCUUCGACUGUAAUUUUGGCGCUCUGUUUCUGAACUCCACCACUCUGAACUGGCUGGCUGCUCUGUGGACCGGCUGCCAUCCCAACACCAAUAUCAGGUUCCUAAGGCUGACCUGGACAAUGCCCUCAGAGCCCGCACUGGACAUCAUGUACACGGUGAACCCGCAGGACGCCUGGGAGCUGUGGAACAGCAUCCACGUCGAGGACAGUACAGACGACAGGGUCCACGUUGACGAGGUGCGGCGGUUUAUGAACGGACUCGAGACUCACCUUUUCAGACAUUUUAAGAUCUACCUGUCGGCCGGGACGCUCAUGAAGGUCUCCACGUCUCUUGGGUCCGCUCACCAUGACGGCAAAAUCAAGAUCAGCAGCAGUGACUACAUCAGCACCUUACUGACCCUGCUAACAGAGUGUGCUCUCCUCAGAACACCUGUUUAACUUCCCUGUCUUGCUGUUUUAUCUGUAAAUUUGUCCCUUUUUUUCCUUUGACCUAAUAACAUAUUGUACUCUCUUUGUACAAGAACAAAUCUUAAAAUUGUAUUUAUUUACAUGUUUUUCAGCUGUAAACAUGUACCUUUUUAUAUGAAUCCUCCUUUUGUUUUUAAACCACUGACCUUUUAGCCAAGAGUAGACACGGAGGUUUAUGAAAUAAC